UCCGUCCCGGCCCAUGAGGGAAUUGGGGUCGCCUGGGCCUUACCUUUCCGCAGCCACAGCCGGCUCAGCCUCCAAGCCGCAGGUGCUGAGAGGACUGGACUCGGGCCCACUGGGGCCAGGGGCAUGACGGCAGCCCAGGAGCUCGUGGCCUGCCUCUGCCGGGAGGGGGACCAGCACCUGGCCCUGGGGGAGCCCCCCCUGGCCACUGCCUUCUACCUGGCCGCGUUCAGCUGCCACGCGCCCUCAGCCGUGCGGAGGGUGCGAGCUGCCCUGGCCGAGGCGCGGGGGGAGCCCGUGGUGGCCACCCUGGAGGCCUGGUGCCGUGGCGACGGCCAGAUUCCCAGCAUCCACUGGGACGGCAUGGCGGUGGUCUCCCUGACAGGGACCCUGGCCUCGGCCUUCCUCGGCGCCCUCUGCCCAGACCACCCGGCCGCCGUGCUGCACCUGCUGGCAGGGCUGCUGGCCCGCGGGCACCAUGAGGAAGUGGCGCGGCGCUGCGGUGCCCUGCUGGACGCCCAGUCCCAGCACGCCCUGGCCCUGCGGCUGACCCGGGCCCUGGCCUGGGUGCUGUCCGGGGUGCGGGCGGCCGACGGCGUGGCCGACUACCUCCAGGCCUUCGCCUCCGGCGUGGAGCAGACUGUGGCCUUCAUCCGCACCCACCAGCAGCCCUACCUCCCUGUGCUGGUCGGCGCCCUCCGGGACUACCUCUCGGAGCAUGCCGAGGCUGGGGACGGCGCCGGCCGGCAGGGGACUGAUAGCCGGAGACUCCUGGAGGCCUUGGACCCCAGGGGCACCCGGGGUGACACACUGUCGCCCGAAGCUCUGCUCCACGACGGCAGGUACGAGGACUGCAUGGCAGCGUGCAGCCGGGCGCUUGAGGGCCACCCCAGCAGCAGCAGACCCCAAGGUGAGCGCCUGGCAACCCUGCUGGUCACCCGCGCGGCCGCGGCCUUCCUCCUGGACGGUCGGGCGCAAGACACGCUUCGGGACCUGCACGAGGCCUUCCGCGAGAGCCCGUCCGGGGCGGGGCGGCAGUUCCAGGCGGUGCUGUCCGCCCAGGACCAGGAGCGCGUCCGCGCCCAGGCGCAGGAGGCCGCGGACCUGGGCUUCGCCCGCUUCCAGGAGGCCGUGCGCAACCGUCCCGAGCUCCGCGAGGAUGCGGGCCGCGAGUUGCUGGCCCCGGUGGCCCGCGCGCUCCGCGUCCUGCUCCGCGUGGCACCUGCCGGGGUGCGACCCGCGCUGAGCGCCCGCCUGGCUGAGUGCCUGCUGCUGGCCGGGGACGUGGCAGGCGCCCGGGUACUGUGCGAGCGCCUGCUGCGGCCCUCGCGCCUCGAAGAUGGGGCGGGUGACGGCGCUGCGGCCCGCGCGCCCCUGCUGGCGCUCCGCGGCUUCUGCGCGCUGCACGCCGGAGACGCGCGGCGCGCCCAGGAGGACUUCCAGGCGGUGGUGGAGCAGGGGGCGCCGCACCCGGGCAGCUGCGUGCGCGCGCUGUGCGGCCGCGGGCUGCUGCGGGUGCUGGCGGGCAGCGCGUUCCUGGGCACGCUGGACUAUGUCACCGCGUGCAGGCUGCGGCCCGAGGACGCGCUGCUGGCCGCCAAAGCCUACGUGCCCUGGAACCAGCGGGGGCUGCUGGUGACCGUGCUCCGGGAGCAGGGCCGCAGGCUGCUGCAGCGCCGCGGGGGCGCUACGGGGACCCGCCAAGCUGCGCAGCAGGAGGGAGAUGCCCACGGUGUGCACCAGCUGGCCACGCUGCUGAUGGAGCUGGAUGUGGAGGAUGAGGACUCGCGCCUCCUGGCAGCAGAUGCCCUGUACCGCCUGGGCCGCCUGCACGAUGCCCACAAGUCCCUGCUGGUGGCCCUGUCCCGGAGGCCCCAGGCGGCCCCGUCCCGGAGGCCCCAGGCGGCCCCCGUGCUGGUGAGGCUGGCUCUGCUGCAGCUGAGGAGGGGCUUCUUCUAUGACGCCAACCAGCUGGUGAAGAAGGUGGUCCAGUCUGGGGACACGGCCUGCCUGCAGCCCACCCUGGAUGUCUUCUGCCAGGAGGACCGGCAGCUGCUGCGAGGCCACUGCCACGCGCGGGCCCUGGGCAUACUGCGGGCGCGGCCGGGCGCAGCCGACGGCAGGGCCCACACCAGGGAGGCCAUCACCUACCUCUCUCUGGCCAUCUUCGCUGCAGGGAGCCAGGCGAGCGAGUCCCUCCUCGCCCGAGCCCGCUGUUACGGGUUCCUGGGCCAGAAAAAGACCGCCAUGUUCGACUUCAACUCCGUGCUGCGGGCAGAGCCGGGGAACGUGCAGGCCCUGUGUGGACGGGCACUGGUGCACCUGGCCCUGGACCAGCCACAGGAUGCUGUGGACGACAUGGCCUCUGCUCUGAAGCUGAGCCCGGGGACCGUGGUCCCUGAAAUCCGCUCUCUGAAGCCGGAAGCCCAGGCCCUCAUCACACAGGGCCUCUACACCCGCUGCCGAGCCCUCCUGAGCCAGCUGCUGGACACCGCGGUCCCCCUCGGGGACAAGGACACCCAGGGCCUCCUUGCCAUGGUGGAGGCGCUGACCAAAAUCGACUCGGGGCGGCCGAGCUGGCACAUCCUCCUUGCAGACGUCCUCACCGCACGGGGCAGCUACGAGCAGGCUGAAGCCCACCUGCAAGAAACCCUGCACCCCGCCUCGCUGUCAGAGGCAGCCCGGGCCCGGCUGGGCCUGCUCCGCCUCAAGAAGGGAGAGGCGCCAGCUGCUGCCCGGGACCUGCAGAGCCUGGCCGAGGCCGACACCGCGGACCUCAGCUUCCUGCUGCGGCUCCUGGAGGCCUCGGAGCGCCAGAGCCUCACCCAGGCUGCAACCCAGGAAGCCAGCUCUCUCCUGGACUCGGGGCAACCCAGGCAGGCGCUGGGCUACUGCUCCUUGGCCGUCCUGGCCGGUGGCAGCUGUGCGUGUCACCUGCGUCUGCGGGCCACCUGCCUGGCCGAGCUGCAGCAGUUUGACCGGGCACUCAGGGACCUGGACUGUGUGCUCCAGGAGAGUUCAGGGGACAGCAACCUCCCAAGGCGGGUAGAGGACUUCUGCUUCCGUGGUCGCUUGCAACUGAGGCUGGGGGACAAGGCGGGGGCUGCAGGGGCCUUCACCCAGGCCCUGAAGCUGGCACCCACCUUGGCCCAGAGCAGCCUGUGUGAGCAGCCGGGCCGGGCCGCCACCGCGCACCUGUUCUUAGGCCGGGGGCGGUGCUGCCUGGAAGAGCAGCGCUACGCAGAGGCCUGGGCGGCGGCCGAGAGUGGCCUCCUGGUGGACCCCGACCACAGCGGCCUGAAGAGGCUGAAGGCCAGAAUCCGGAGGGAGGCGUCCUCAGGCUGCCAGCUGCACUGACCAGCGGCCCGCCCAGAUCACGGGGCCUCCCUGUCACUUUCAUCCGAUGUCCAGGCCCUGGGGUGCACCUGGCUCCCCAAAUCGGGGGGGUCCCUGCCCUCCCACCCUUCCCAGCCGCAGGGUGGCCUCCCACCUGUCCGCAUUGGGAAGUAAAGGGGACAGCUUCCUGCUUGCGUGGAGGGACCGUCCCAGGAGGCUGCUGUGGUCAACCUCAUCCCCAGAGCUGGAGUUCUCUUGGCCCACACCUGGGGCUCAGACCUUGAGGAAGCAGCCCCAGGUCUUGUCCCUGGCUCGGGAUCCUGCAGGUUGGAUGGGAUUAAGGCCGGCCCCUCGUGGCCCUGGGGGAGAUGGCGCCAGCCCAGGACCGGAUUCCCCUCCUUGGCUGUGACCCUCCCUUUGCCUCGGAGCCUGGCCUGAGCCUUGGGCUGGCCCCCGAUAGCGCCUGGCCUUCCCCAAAGACGACACUUCCAAGCAGGCGCCCAGCCCACAGAGACCUGCGCCUUGACCUUCCCAGCUGCCUCCGUGGAGGUCCCGCACAGAGCCCUGCCUGACCAGGCCACCACAGCCCUGGGAGCGGCACCUCCCCCUCCACAGGCCCCUCCUUCCAGGUUCAGGGACCUCCAGGUGGGGGGGUGGCUGAUGAGUUGAGUAAAUUGUGCUUCCAGGGA